AUGAUGCAAUUUAAUGUUCGCAGUCCUGUAGUCAAGGCUCGUGAGGAGACCUACUUGAAGAAGAUCGAGCGUGUCUUUAACGUUGACAAGAUCAGUACCCAUGACCUGCUUAGGUUGGAGACCGUGCACUUGUGUGAUCCUCUUCAAUUUUUCACAAAUGGUCUGCUGGAGUCUCUGAUGUACCCAGAUGGUAAAUUUUUAGUCCACCAUGUUGCUACUUCUAAGAAACUAGUCCAGGACUCCAUAUCCAUCGACCAGGCAUUGCAACUGGGACAUCCUAAGAUGCUGGAGCUUAUCUACCUGAGGGAUAGAAUAGGAAGUAUCCGUGGCAAGAUGGACGUCGAAAACUCAAAACUAAAUCAAACCAUCAUUGAAAACUUGCAGGAGGUACAUGCGCUGGUGAUGGCUAUCUACACUGAAUUCAAAGAACAUCUAAAAGUACGUUUGUACAAGGACUUCUAUGGGUUUGUAUUAAAAGAACAAAAGGAAAACUUCCACACUGUGUUACAGAUGAUCCAGAAAUACAUAAAUAUAGUGGAGAAGACCAAGCAAGCAAUAACUCCAGAGUCUCUACUCUCCUCGAUGAAAUCGUUCAAUGUGGAACUCAGUAUUGUAGCUGACAAGCUCGUAAAGAACAGUCGCUGCUUCAAAGAAUACACGGAUGUAAUAAACGCUGGUUCUGAGAACCUUCUAUUUAACGCUAACGACCAAUUCGACCUGGCAGAUGUCGAAUUCCAACAAUUUUACAAGGAACGUCUUGACAGAUUAAAAAUCUCCGCAAGAAGACUGUUCUAA